CGUGUUUUUUUUUUCUUUCUUCUUGUCUCACUACUCUGCUUCUGCAACCUCUGUUUUUCACCCCCCUUCUUUUUGUCUUUGAAGAUGGCUUUUGAGCGUGCUUUAGUGAAGCAACUCUUGUUUUGUGGAUGAUUCCUCUCACUUGGGAGUCGAAAGAAUUUGGACUGCUGUAUAAUUAGUGAGUUUGGCGCUGAGGAUGACUUCGGUACACAAGCGUUCAAAUAGCUUUCCUGGCAAGAAAAGACACGAGGAGGAUAGUUCUGAUGUUUCAGCUGAAGGUUCACACCGUGUAAAGCUGGACGUGGGUUACAUGACGGACACGAUCGAAAGCAAGGCGAAGCCUUCAACCACCGGCAUUAAAGUCCAUAGUGCUCUAAAGCGAGAGAUUUUGCAGCUUGAGAAAAGACUAAAGGACCAGCUCAACGAGCGCCAUGCUCUGGAGAAGGCACUCGGUUUGAAGAGUUCAUCCUCCCAUGGCGAUCCAAGUCACGACGCCUCGAUGCCUAAGCCAGUGGCGGAAUUGAUUAAGGAAAUAGCGAUUCUAGAGUAUGAAGUGAUGUACUUGGAACAAUACCUCCUCUCCUUGUACCGAAAGGCUUUCAAUCAACAGAUCCCUCCCUUGCCUCCUUCUAAUAAGGAGAAAAGGAUAGAAUCGCCACUAGAAACCCCGAGAGGGAGUGUCCUAGAACUUCCUAGGCAUAAUAGUGUCGCACUGCAAGGAAAGAACGCGGUGGUCCAAUCUGGUCGCGAGUCGCUCACUAGGCCGUCAAAGGAUUAUGAAGAGAAACCAUUUGAUUCCAUGCACCGUUGUCGCUCCUCGCUCUUAGAGCGGUUGGUGCGAACCUCUCCUCAGGCAGAGUCCGCGGCUAAAGCUCUACGUCCCUGUCAGUCUCAACCGGUUUCAAUGAUGGAGCAGUAUGCUCAGAAUACUCCCCUCAGGGUAGUUAGUUUGGCAGAACAUCUCGGUGCCAGGAUUUCCGACCAUGUUCCAGAAACACUGAACAAGCUCUCCGAGGAUAUGGUCAAGUGCAUGUCAGGCAUCUAUUGCAAACUCGCAGACUCGCCCCUAACGCAUAACAGCCUCUCAUCUCCUGGCUCAUCGUUGUCGUUGGCGAGCGCUUUCUCUCCGCGAGAUCAGUUGGAAUCAUGGAGUCCCGGGUUCGGGAACAGCUCUUCCUUCGAUGUGUGCUUAGAUAAUCCUUUCCAUGUGGACGGACUCAAGGAUUUUAGCGGACCGUAUAGCACUAUGAUCGAAGUGGCAUGGCUGCAUCGGGAUAGCCAGAAAUUGGGGGACAUUGAAGACUCUCUGCGGAAUUUUAGGUCGCUCAUUUCUCGCUUAGAAGAAGUAGAUCCAAGGAAGCUGAAGCACGAGGAGAAACUAGCUUUCUGGAUCAACAUCCACAAUGCAUUGGUGAUGCAUGCUUUUCUGGCUUAUGGGAUCCCCCAAAACAACGGAAAGAGAAUCUUGCUACUUUUGAAGGCAGCCUACAACGUCGGUGGGCACACCAUCAGCGCUGGCACAAUACAGAGCUCGAUCCUCGGAUGCCGGUUGUCUCGACCUGGACAGUGGCUCCGGUUAUUACUGUCUAUGAGGUCCAAGUUCAAAACCGGUGACCCAAGACAAGCGUAUGCAGUCAAGCAAUCCGAACCCCUUUUGCAUUUUGCACUCUGUUGCGGAAGUCACUCCGAUCCUGCCGUCCGAUUGUACACUCCCAAAAGAGUGUUUCAAGAGUUGGAAACUGCGAAAGAUGAGUACAUACGUGCGACUUUCGGGGUGCGCAAGGACCAGAAGAUCCUCUUACCGAAGGUCGUGGAGUCGUUCGCGAAGGACUCGGGGUUGAGCCCUGCUGGAGUUGUGGAAAUGAUUCAGCUGUCUUUGCCCGAGUCAUUCCGGAAAACCUUCAAGAGGUGUCAGCUCAGCAAAUCGCGCAAGAACGUCGAGUGGAUUCCUCACAAUUUUGGUUUCCGGUAUCUGAUAACGAAGGAGCUGGUGAAGUGAUUGGGCUUUGCUCGGAAUGAACAUGACCAAUGUGAUUUGAUCAUUUGAGUCUCUUGUUUUUUCCAAAGUGAAAUGAACUUUGUUGCUUUGUACAGUCUAUGAUGCAGGACAUGACAAGAUCAAACAGAAAUCUUCUGCAUUUUGUU